CACGGGGCGAAAGCAGCCGCAAUCGAUUCCCAUCCGCAGUCCGGCUCGGCGUUUCACCAUGGCAGACAAGAACAAAGUAGCUGAACAAUACUAUUCCCCGCCGCCGGAGUACGGAAAAUGGGAGGGUUUAAGGAUCUUCCUGUGGAACUCGGAGACGGGACAGUUUAUGGGACGUACCGGAGCCAGUUGGGCUAAAAUCCUACUGUUCUACCUGAUCUUCUAUGCGGUGCUUGUGGGCUUCUUCGCGGCCAUGCUGGCCAUCUUCUACCAGACCCUGGACUCCAAGAUGCCCAAGUGGCAGCUAGAGGGCUCGCUCAUCGGCAAUAACCCAGGUCUUGGGUUCCGGCCGAUGCCAGACUCGGACAACGUGGAGAGCACGCUGAUCUACUACCGCGCCAACGACAAGGGCUCCGUGCUCAAGUGGGCCACCGUCAUCGAUGACUACCUCGAGCAAUACCGCAAGAAGGGCAGCGGCAGCGGCGAGGCAACAGGCGCCGAGAACCGCGUGGCGUGCAACCCCACCUCGGGGUCGCGCGACCUCGGCGAGAAGCAGGUGUGCGACGUGCCCGUCGACGAGUUCCAUCCUUGCACAUCUGCCAACCAAUACAACUACGAGGAGGCCGGCCCCUGCGUCUUCCUCAAGCUGAAUAAGAUAUUCAACUGGAUGCCCAGUCCCUACAAUAACACCGAGGACUUGCCCAGCAACAUGCCUGAGGAUCUGAAGCAACACAUUAAGAUGGUGUCGGGCAAGCCGGAAGCCAACACGGUGUGGGUGUCGUGUGAGGGCGAGAACCCCGCGGACGUGGAGAACAUCGGGCCGGUGCAGUACAUCCCGCGCCGGGGCUUCCCCGCCUUCUACUACCCCUUCACCAACAAGGAGGGCUACCUCAGCCCGCUGGUCGCCGUACUCUUCGAGAAGCCGAGGACGGGCGUGCUGAUCAACAUCGAAUGCAAGGCGUGGGCAAAGAACAUCAACUACGACCGCUACGAGCGGCGCGGCAACGUGCACUUCGAGCUCAUGGUGGACCGCGGCUAGAGCGGGGACUACUCUCAACGCAACCUCGACCGAGCUUCUGAUACUUUCGAAAUGCUCCCAUGACACAAUAAAUUUAAACGAACGCUCUCUCGAUAAAGCGCCUGCGCUGCGUUAAGCGGGAGUACGUAUCGGACUCGGUCGGUUUGUUUCAUUUUAUUUCAUAGAGCAGGCGUGAGGCGGGUCUCCCGUCGUAGUGCUGCUCUAGGAAAUCCCAUGAAACUGCUCGUGGAGCGCACGUCUAUACCGUGCUACCACCUAACGCAGCGCAGGGCCUAAAGCAGUGGGUUCUGAGGGCCUGCUACAAAAAUAUAAACGAUAAUUAAAACGAAGUUUGUCAUUCAAUUGUUUUUAACUUAGACUUUAACGUGUUCAGAUUCUAGUUCGAAAAUUUAAGCAUUUAAACGACGAACAUCGGCUGAAUACUGUUUAUAUUUUUGAUAGUAAGCCAUCAGAGCAAAAUCUCUAGCACUUCUUGCAGUAAUGCGUAGAACUGGCGUAUUACCAAUCUCUAAAACAAUGUUUUACGUUGCAGUAGAGUAAUCAAUAUGAAAUUUUAUCACCAUGUCGAUCGGUUGAUAAUUUCCGAUUUCACUAUUAGAGUUUCGGCGACGGACACGGCGUCUGUUAUAUCUAACAAAAAUUUUAACAUUAUUCUAUGUAUUUUGGUAUUCAGGAAACAACGUCGAGUUCGUCCAUACAACUUGUCUAACAGCCAAAAAAUUAAAAUGCCAGUUAGUGAAUCGCAAGGCUGUAGAAUGCUGACAUUGUCACAGAUACGUAGAAAAACCACAUAACAAUAAAAUUGAUAAAUGGCAACAAAAAAAAAUGCUGUAUGUAAGCAUGCUUUAAAUGGACCAGUAAAUUUGACAGGGUAGCAUUACUCAAUGACGUUAAUGAGUAAGGAUUGUGAUUGGAAAUUAAUUUCUAUGGUCAGAUAAUGACAUAAUUUGAACGGAUGUCCAUUUCUUUUCCUUUUCUUGUGUAUAUAUAAUUCGCUAUACAUUAAUGUGAAU